AUGGGUGGGAGUGCGCGCCAGCGGUCGUCUUCGACGCUCCACUUACCCUCACCGCAGCGAGUCCGCCGCAAACGCAGCAGCAACUCCUAUCUGGAAGACGAUGAAGAGUCGAAACUCCCCUCCGUCACCACCAUCUGCCUGAGAACGAAAAGAAGGAUGCGCUCGAGACAAUUCCUGGGCUUCCUCGCCCUUAUGAUCUGCGCAGGCUGCACAUUUUUCUACCUUCGUACGCCUACUAUGAAUCCAGGCGCCGAAUUCAUAUCUACGAGUCCGGCACCACAGAAAGAAGCGUCAAAUGCCCCAGCAAAAGAGUCCUCGUAUUUUGCGCCCGCGAAAGUAGAGCUACCGAAGCUGGGAACUGGGCACCCCAUAUGGCAGCUGGUGAAGAAGGCCGAGAGCGAAUUCGCGAAGAUCACCAGUCGACAGUCGGAAACACUCGGGCAAGCAGUGAAGGAAUACCGGCGGCGAUAUGGCAUCCCUCCUCCGCCCAACUUCGACAAGUGGUACGAAUUUGCAAAGUCGCGGAACGUGCAAUUGAUCGAUGAGUACGAUUCUAUAUACCACUCACUGACUCCUUUCUGGGGGCUGAAGCCCAAGACAAUUCGGGCUCGGGCGCAAGAAUCACUGGGGUACGAUGCGAACAAUUUGGUUGGGGUAUUGAUCAGGAAGGGCGAGAUCAAGAAGUUGGAUGGAGGCGUGAAGUGGCACAUGGAUGCAUUGAGAGGAAUGCUGCAGAGCUUCUUGAAACAUCUGCCGGAUAUGGAUCUGGCCUUCAACCUCCAUGAUGAGCCCCGAGUCAUGGUACAAGACGGCGAUCUAUCACGGCUGGUACACGAGGCGAGGGAUGUCAAGAUGCCAGCAGCCGACGCAGUGGCGAAACCUAGGAAUGAGUUUUCGAAAGCGCCGCCGGAUCUGAGUGAUGGGUUGCGGUUCGAGGAUGUAAAGACUACUCGGUUCAACGUUUUUUCCCAACAGGCAACAUGGACACAUUCGAAGAUGUCGUGUCCGCCAGACAGUCCAGCAAGAUCUCUAGAGGAUGGAAUUGCGGAGGAUAACAUUCAGAGCUAUGCCCUGGGCGAAAUGGGCUUUGUCUACAAUACUACGGCCUUUUCAGACAUUUGCCAAUCCCCAUCCUUCAGCCAAAGCUAUGGAUUUUUCGACCGACCGAAUGCCUUCAAUCUCGUCACAGACCUAUUUCCCGUCUUCUCGGCGUCAAAGCUAUCGUCAUACUCAGAUAUCACAUACCCAUCACCUUGGUACUGGGAUGGCAAGGUGACUUACAACGAGACAGCAGAUUUCGAUUGGGCAGAAAAGGAAAACAAGAUGUACUGGCGUGGCUCCACCACAGGAGGAUUCAGUCGUGACGGUGGAUGGAGACGACAGCACCGCCAACACCUGGUCCGGAAAAUCAACGCAGGGGACCAUGCUAAGAUCCUGGCCAAUCGUGGCGAGGGAGAAGCCGAAGACUGGCAGGUCAAGCAAGUGCCCCGCAGCGACUACAAGGAGCUCUUCGACAUCCACUUCUCCCACAUUGGGCAAUGCGAUCCUCGCGACUGUGACGCCCAGAAGGACUUCUUCGAGAUCAAGGAGCCCGCCGAGCAGUCUGCGGCUUGGAGAUACAAGUACUUGCUUGAUGUCGAUGGUAAUGCCUUCAGCGGCCGCUUCUACGCCUUUCUGAAGAGUAAGAGCUUAGUGUACAAGCUGGCGGUUUUCCGAGAGUGGCACGACGAGUGGCUGAAGCCGUGGGUCCAUUACAUCCCGCUGAGUUUGAGGGGCGAUGAGUGGCUUGAGGCUGUGCGGUGGUUUGCGGGUGAGUCGUCGGGAAAGAAGGAAGCGGAGCGUAUUGCGCUUCAGGGGAGGGAUUGGGCGAACAAGGUGGUGAGGAAUGAAGAUCUGGAGGUUUACUUCUUCCGAUUGCUUCUAGAAUACGGUAGGUUAGUAGACGACGACCGCGAGAUCAUCGGAUACGCAUAG